AUGGCGACCCAACCCCAAGGAGGCGAUUUCUGCCUCGAAUGCCACUGGGAGGCUUUCCAUAUUGAUGGCAAGGACGCGGUGAAUCCCUCAGAAAACCGCACCCAACAGCAAUGGAAUUGUCCCGAGCAUGAGCAUCAAACCUCGCUGGCUCAUUGCGAUGUUGACGAAGCUUGCUGUGACGUGGAUGACUGCCCUCUGGACUGUGGGUCAAUAUGUGAUGGCUUCGUGGAGUGCGAUGCCUCGACUGUCUGCUCAGCCACACACUGCGACGAUAAUAACUGCGACGACAACCAUUGUGAUGACAACCACUGUGAUGAUAACCACUGUGACGACCACCAUUGCGAGAGCAUAGAUCCUGUCUGCUUCGAUGCUCACUGCUGCGACGGCACCGAGGGCCAAGACUGCGGCUUUGAUUCUCUGUUCGGGUUGAACACUCCGCUGUCACUAGAUCCCUCUGCUAUCUUGCCCUCUACGGCCAUGGCACAACAUGGCGUCGGCUCGCCGCAAAAGGUCCCGGAACCUACUUUCCCUGGGACCCUUGAUCCAAACCAUCAUCAUGACUUCUUGUCCUCCUACCACGCACAUGCACACCACUGCGAGCAAAAUGUGUCUAACCACUUCGAGUGCCAUGACUUCCAGAAGGACAUGCAGGGCAUGUUCGUGAACCCACCAUUUCCCCCGCAGACCGAAGUCAACCCAGCAGAAGUAUUCCAUAUGCUGGGAAUGUGCUCAGACUUUGCGAUUUGCCAGGACCAGCAUGUGUCGAACCCGCAGGACAGCACAACCCCGAUUCAAACCCCCAAGACCGACUCAUCAAGCGCUUUGAGCUGUUUCCAUCCCGAACAUCACCAUGUUCAUGGCCAUUUCAAGAACCCUAAUGAUUUGAAUCUUCAUGGGUUCAAGCGAGGACCGCACCGCAACCACCACCGCUGCCGAGUUCACACCCACGCGCAUUCGCAUCCUUACUCCCCCUAUUCUCGCAAUUCGCGGUCCAGCGUCAGCUCCCACCUCAUAUCUAGUCCUGGAGAGACCCCGCCACCCCUCGAAGGCGGCGCAUCAUCUGUGUUGACCACGCCCGAUUUCUCAGAAGAUAGCGAUCUGCAUAUUUGCAAGUGGACCAUGAAAGUCCAUGGGAUUAAGGCUGCAUGUGGUGCCACGUUCGCGGAUGCCGGUGGUCUGCAGGAUCAUCUUAUUACCCACCAUAUGACCACCGUCGACGGCGCUAAAGGGAAUGGGUACUACUGCUGCUGGGAAGGAUGUCAUCGCCCGGAUGAGCCGUUCUCCCAAAAGUCGAAGCUUCAGGGUCAUUUCCUAACACAUAGCAACUACAAGAAUUUCAAGUGCUCUGUUUGUGGCAAGACUUUUGCCCGGCAGGCGACCUUGGACCGUCACGAGCGGAGCCACCGGGGUGACAAGCCCUAUAAGUGUAAAAUGUGCGGGAAGUCUUUUACAGACAGCAGCGAGCUGAAAACACACUCCCGAACCCACAGUGGUGAAAAGCCAUUCAAGUGCAACUAUCCCGGAUGUAACUUUGAAACGGGCGAUUCAUCCAAUAUGUCCAGCCACAGACUGACUCACGGGGAACGAAAACACAAAUGCUAUUUCCUGGGGUGCACCAAGAGUUUCACUCGACCCGACCAAUUGAAGCGCCACAUCAAGACGACCCACAAACAAGAGCCGCCCUCAACGCUUCCAUCACCCAGCCCCGACCACUUCGCGUUACCCGCAUUUGCGGUCGUCUGA